AUGGAGACGUUUUCCAAAAAGUCAAGGAAACCGGUGUUGCCGUUAGCGUCGACGUUCCACGUCCACCGUUCAAUUUCUCCGACCGGUAGAUUUGGUCGUCAUUCGUCGGCGUUUGCUGCUGAUAUGACAUCGCCGUUUGCGUCGUCGACGAGUUCCAGCUUUUGUUCAUCUCCUUCUUCAAGUUACGUCUACAGUCGUCCGUCUUCUCCGACGAGAGUUAAGCUUCAUGGUUUUGCGUCGAUGACGUCGUCAUCGGUGAGAGUCUCUAUAUCGAGUAGAUCUGGAUCUCCGAAUCGGUCGAUGACGGUGCCGGUGGCUCCUCGAAAUCAAGUUGUACGGAAACCAAGUUCGCAGAAGACGUGUUUGUGUUCGCCGACGACGCAUCCUGGAUCGUUCAGGUGUAGUUUACACAAGAACUACAACACUAGUAAUUCGAUGUCGUCAUACUCUCCGAAUAGAUUGAAUGCUCGAAGGUCUGCGAUGACGAACUCGCUUGUGCGAAUAGCUACUGCUGAAGGAGGUGAUCUGGUUAAGAGAGCUCUCGCUGCCUUGAUCCGCCCUUCGUCGCAUCAGCAACGACGGAGAUUGGCUUUCGAACCGAGACCUAGUCGGUUGUCGAUCAUGUCCAACGCCGACGAGUUAUGA